AUCUGGCCUGCAUUUUAUGAGUAUACACUUCAUUAUUUGAUUUCACUGCGAGCAUUAACAGGGAUUUUUCAAAUUAAAUUCCAUAGUUGACAGGUUGAGAAUCUUCAUAGGUGGAGCGGCAAGAAUUACUUGAACAUAAUCCCUAUCAUAAUCACGGACGUGUCGUGCCUCUAAAUCUUUCGUCGCUACUUAUGUACAUCUCUUCAUGAAGUUUCCCAGUCGUAAUACAGUCAUAUCGGCGAGGCGAUUGACGUGGUUGUUAUCACGGUCCUGCAGGUAACUGAUAACGAGCAACGUCGACAAGACCAGUUUAGUCCUACGUUCGUUCCCGCGAAACACGGACUUUGUUCACGUCGAUGCGCGUGUCACGUAUUUAACAAUGACAGUGUCGGUUUUCGCUGGUUCGCAAAAGACACCGCUGCGUCGUUAACAAUUGUGUAAUCGUGCAGUAAACUCCAUAUUGUGUGUUUUCCUACAUAAAAAAGAAAACAUUUCUUAAUUACAUGCGAUCUGUGUCUACAAUGACAAUUAAGUGGUAAUGAAUUUACGCGAACUACACUUGAGGAGACGUAGCAAACAUUGGAACAUUACAACGUCUUCGAAGUAUAGUUAAAAUGUACGUAUAAAAAUGCAAAGUACAAUUUAUCAGCAAUGAAGAAUUAUUUGAUCGUACGAAAAGAGGCGAAUGAAUUUUAAGUUUACAGGUGUUGUCGUAAAUCUGUUCGAAUUGAACGAUAUAAAUAAUAAACGGAAGGGUAGUUUUAUUUUGAGAGAAGCAAUCUAACAAGUCGGUUAAAGAACAGUUGAAAGAAAUUUAAUUAACAAACCUUACCUUUUUACAUCAAUGUAAAUUCGAAAUCUACUAUAUAUGAAAUCGAAAUGUUUGUUAGAAAGAGAAUAAGAAGGAUAUCAUACAGAAUACUGUUUAAACAUGCAUACUACGAUGUAUAAAAGUGAUAGAAAAAAGAAAUGUGGAUCACAGAAUUCACACGGUGAACAAUAAUUUCAUAAUGGGUGGAAAAAUACACUUAAUAAAUCUGUUCUCAAUUACCCUUCGGCUAAUGAAUAAAUCUUCCACCAUUUACUAAAGAUUUUCACAAGGAAGAAGGAUUCCAUUAUUCCUGAAAAGCAUCGGUUUACGUAAUACCCUGACAAAAGGUCUUCCUUCGAACGUAACAGGUUCGAUUCUAUUGAAGCCAAUUAAUUCCGUCCAAUUAACAUCGCACAACGCCAAUUACGGGCUCGUCAAGUCGUAACUACGACGAGACGCCGUGUCAUUAUUCUGGAAAUAAUAGUUUUUGCUCCUCAGAAUCUCGAACUGUCCAUAGCUUAGAAGGAAACACAAAUUUGAGUAUUUUAUUUAUUCACAAUUAUCUCUGAUUUGUAGAAAUUCGGACAGAUCAACAUUCGGUACAAUAUACACCGAUAGCGCUGUCUGCUUCGAGCGCGCACGUUCACCGUAAAAAAGUCAGUUUUACAGUAAAACUGAGUGAUACCCUGUACACUCAACUGGAAGGGAUUAUCUGUUGAAUGGUCGCAAUAGUGAAGGAGAAAGAUCAUUAAACGUUAGUGCAUUACGAAACAAUCGCACUUUAUCGCGUUUCAUAAAGUUAACGAGAGUUAACGUUCCAUGUGUUAAAUGUUCUAUUGAUCUUAAGAUAAUAUUAAAAGUAUCAUUUAUAUGCAAAGAAUUAAGAAAGAACAAUGAAGAAUGAAAAAUAAAUAAGAGAAGUCUAAGAAAGUUUCUGAAGAUUUCAGCAUUAAUAUUAAUUAAAGAUUAAUAAUUGUUUAAAGUUAGAAAUUUGAGUAACAAGUUAUGGCUGAUAGACCAAUAUAAUAACCACUCUGCAAUAAAACGUGUCGCCCAAUCGAACAACAGAACAGUCCAAUUACAGAAGCUGCUCUCAUUAAAAUGAUUCUUCAAAAUUCUUCACUACGGGCGUAAUUGAGUCCUCUAUUUGCUCGGCUAACAGUCGGAGUCAAACAACGCGAAUGCAGGUGACUGUACCAAUAAGAACACCGCUGAUCGAUGAGUCACCGUAACAGUAUCUCGCCAAGAACUAACAUUUUUGAAAGUGGAAUACAUUCAUCACCUAGAAAUUCACACAGAAUUAAAAAAAAAGAAAGAAUAAAUAAAAGAACCGAUCAACCCAAGAACUAGAAUUUCUGAAAUAGAAAUCCAUCAUCCAGAAAUACACACCCAAUUAAAGAAAAAAAGGAGCAAACAAAUAAUCGAACCGAUUAACCGAUGAUUCACCCUCGCGAAGGUGACCUCUUAUCCCAAGCGUGAGAAGAGAAUCAGUUAAAAAUUCGUUGUGGGCGAGAACGAACAAUCAUCGGGAACAAUGUCAUGCAGGAAGAAGAUAGACUCGAAACUGUGGCUGGAGUACACCCAGACGAUGGAAACCGAGGUGCGAACGCUCAAGCAGGAGCUUGUUCGUACCCAAGAAGCUCUGAAGGCUGCUACGAAGAGGUGCCGCGACCUGGUGAAAGAACUGGACAAUCGCACCGCGAGUCAUGAGUCCGAGAGAAGCCUCCGUGACCAGCAACUGUCGCGAAUACUUCGUGCCCUGCUCGUCCUGGAGGCGCGGCUCAAACAGGAGCAGAAAUCGAUCAGACAGCUGCUCUGCGAGAAGGACAACGUCAUCAGGAACCAGCAGCUCGAGAUCGCGAGGCUUAGGCGUUACACGAAGAACUACAUCAAAUGCAAACGAGAGCAGACCCUUGGUAAAUCCGUGAUGAACAUGGAGACCGCGGCUACGAUUGAGGAAUGCCACUUACAGUCGUCCAAUGUCGAAGCGGACCUUAGGCAAGACAAUAGUAUUAGCAAGGACAUCCAGACGCUGAAAUGCGAAAUAAUCACGAAGCUGAAUCCGUCGGAAGUACCUGUUACGCUCGAGGGGUUGGACAGGGGAGUGAAAAAGACCCACAGCUUCGCCGGCAGCGAUAUCUCGAAAACGAGUCUAACUAGUAGCGAGAACACGGACGUCUCCAUUAUCACGACUACCACCGAAGGCAGUCCGUCGUUGCUCAGCACAGAGGGUUUCUGCGAAGGUGAGAGCACGGACGUCUCUCCAGGUUCGACGCUGAAUAAAUCCAGCAGGUGUACACCGACUCUGGUAACCGAUAGCGAAAACGAGACCACGAUGAUAUUCGAUGACAACGACGAUGAAGAAAUCAUGAUCACGGAGAAAAGCUCAAAAUUGGUGAAGAAGAAGACGGGUAUAGGCAGAUUGAAACCUCAGCAAGCUUGCAAAGAGACGGAAGUGAUAGAGCCAACGAACAUCGCGAGGACCGAGAGCAAGGAUGAUGGAAUGGACUGUAAUUUUGCCUCAGAAGACGAGGAAAAGGAACAGGAACCCAUUUACGUUAACGCCUGCAACGAGACUAAUACUAGGAACUUGGAGCAAGCUGAGAAUAUCGUGUCGGAGCCAAUGAAAACGAACGAGGAUUAUAGUAAUAAUAACAGUAAUGAUGACGGUGGUAAUAACAACACUCAUGAAAAUAGCAUAACCCAAAAAAUGGAAAUUGAGGAACAAAACGUGGAAGAAACCAGCGGGAACUGGUACAGCGAUCCAGACGAGGAUAGAAUUAAUGACGACGUUUUUAGGCACAGCACAUAUCGACCAAAUAGCAAUCAUAAUUCCGUCUUGGAAUGCGUGAAUCAGAUUCUUUUGAGAGAUAUGGAAGAGGAGGAAAGCAUUCUUUCUGUACCUAGAAGAUUCAAACAUCGAGCAAGAAUUGUUCGAUUUCAACCAGCAAGAUUGUCCGACAUUGAGUCAGUGGGCUCGGAAAUGGAAAGAAAAAAUUCAGAAGAACCUAUCACAGAACAAGAAGUACCAACUACUGAAUUCAACGAUGUCCCUGCAAAUAGUUUCGAGCCUUCUGCUACAGAGGAUGAAUUUGGAAUGAGCCUUACCCAAACUGUUCCUACGAAUGUUACUACAAAAAUCACCAGUCAUGAGGCAAGUCUGGAAGAUGAUUCUGAAGAAACAAAAGCUAUUCCUAUUAUAAUAAUAGAGCCAAAGGUAGAAGUUGAAGAAUCAAGGCACACAUUCCCCUGUUCACAGGGACAGAAAUCAAAAGCAUCAGUCAGUACAACAAAUCCUCCUUUGAAGUUAGAAAUGAUCGAGGAAAAGACUUGUUUGCAAAUUUCUUCUAAGGGAUUGACCAUAGCAAAGAACCUUGAUUACGAAGACAUUGAGUCUCUCCCGGAGAUCAUAUCGCCUCCUCCUAAAACACCACCGGCGUUACCACCUAAACCGCAAUUCAAAAAUAAUACGUUAAUAUUGAAAAAAAUUCCUAGUCCCUCAUUUCUGAUCGACGAAACACGGAAGAAGCAACAGUUGCUUGAAUCUGGUUCAUCCGAACACAGUAAAAAAAUUUUCGGUUUCAUAUCCUCCCCUUUGAAAUCGGCAGGAAUAAAUAUAACCUCUGCAAGAAGUUUAAAUUUCGAAGAAGACAUUAAUAAAGUCACAGGAACGAACGAGGAAGGAAAUUUCUGGAAGAACAGGUUUAAUAAUGUUCGUUCUUCUUUCCAAACACGACAAAGUAGUCAUGAAACCAAUGGACAACAAGCCAGAAAAGUACCAAGGGUGACUAACAUUGUCCGCCAUUUUGAAGAAUUUAAAAUCGGUGGUGAAUCUGAAGAACAAACGAAGGAAAGGAAUAAAAUGAAGGAGAAGCAUGUUCAUUCCGAGUUCGACCAAGAAUUCGACAUUAGGCAAAACUUUGAAGAGUUCAAUCUUGAUGAGUGCAAUUUAUCUGAUGAUCCUGAUAGGCCAGAAGGCGAUGGUUCAGAGAGGCUCGGCAAUCUUGGGACCACGGUUAAUCAGAGCGAAAAAACUGCCACAACCAAAGACAAUAAUAAUGUUCCUGUUACUACAACAACCAAUUUGAGUAGCGGUUACGAUCACUUCCUGGAAGCAACGGGUCUGAGUAAUAAAUCUAUAUUGACACCCUCAAGGUUACUGAGUAAUCACAAAAGUAUGCUGAAACCGAAAGACGUGAAGUAUAAGAAUAAAAUUAAAGCAACCGCUGUAUUAGAAAAGCAUGGUGUUUCUUCUACCAAUAAUACUACUCAUGUUAGACACUGGACUGGACCGUUUGUCUGACGACUGGCCCAAGUUUUCCCGACAAACCUAUUUCGACAAGAAACUUGUGAUGAAGGGAGAUAAUUAAUUUAUUUAGAAUAAUUACUCCCGUGAUGAAACUGAAAACAAAUAAGGAUUACGAACUGUAAUAUGCGAAUACAGUUUAUCCUUAAAUUGAAUAUAAAAUAUAACACUGUAAAUUAUUAUGAAUAUUCCUCUUAUAAUGCGAUGCUUUUCACAUUUUUUGUUUCAUGAAAAAUGUGAGAGACAUAGGAAUUAAUUUAUUUAUAACAGCUUCCAUUUGAAAAAUAUUUCGAUGUGUUGUAUAUUUUAAUAAGAUAUUUCUUACAUAUUUAUAACAUCACUAAUGAAGAUAGUAAAUGAAGCAAUUCAUAGUGACUUAUUUUAACUUAGCUUUUCUUGCUGUGAGAUCGCGAGUAAAUUUGUUUAUCGCGAAUAAGAUUACUUAUAGAGACGGCAACUUAUAGCGGGAACAUUUCUUGUUCCGUUGUUUUCUACCAUAGAAAUAUCAAGUAAUGGAGAGUCGUAUAUAUGAUUAUGAAAUAAAAUAUGAAGAAUGAAUGAAAUCUGUGAGAUAUAUUAAAUGUUUGCAUUUAAAUCGAUUUAUGACAUCAUAAUUAACCUGUAAUUACAUUGUUAUUACAUACCGUAUGUUAUGUUUUGCUGAAAGUGAAUGAUCAAAUUUCAAAUAGUAAUUUAAUCUGUAUAAUUUAAUGUGUAUAUACAAGUAUACAUUUUUUUCUGUUAUUACUUCGCCUUUGGAGCAACUAAUUACGGGUGAAAUUUCUAUUUCUCAGUGUAAACAGUAUAAAAACAAAGUAUAUACACACUAUACAAGCAUGAAAGUGCUGUACCCUACUAAUUAUAUGUAUUGAUACAAGUCAACUUGAGGAUAAAAAUAAGAAUGUACUUGUUUUCUUUUUUGUUGGAAAUAAAAUUAGAGAUGACUUUAUUGAAAGAAUCUUGCAUUUGAUUAAGAAAUAGGAGUACACCAGUACAAUCUUAAAUAUUCUGUAAUGAUUUAUAAACAACUAGAACAUAUGAUACAAUCAUAUAUAACUUCUACUAUCUAUAAAAAUACAACGCAACUCUAUAAAAAUACAAUACUAACUGUCACUGGUAUCAAAAUCUAAAUAGGACAUGGAAGAAAAAAGUAUAUCGCAAAAUGGACAUUAUUAAAUUCGAACAUCAUCCCACUGAUACAUAUUAAAAGGAUUCCAUUUUCGCGGGUUAGUAAUCACUCGUUCAGGCACUCUAUUACACUUGGCUAGUGCUAUAUUAUCAAUACGAAUGUAUAGAUAUAGCUGUAAAAUUGCAUGAAGAAUCAUACAAUUAGUUUGGCACAGUGGCUUCUUCAAGUUUCUCUUUCCGCACGAAAAUCGUAACAGAACUGAAAAUAAAACCAAAUAUAUCAUAUAGUAAAGGCGUAAUUGUACUAACGUGUAAAUGAUACUAAUUCAAUUUUCAUCUUACUUCCUUGUCCAAGUCUUUCUGGGACCAGACUUUGAUCACAGGAAGUUUAUCCUGUAAAUGAUGUAAUCGUUAAAAAUAGAUAAUAAUCUAUUUACAGCUUAACUGUUAAGUUUACUUACAAUAGAGGAAUCAGAAUGAACACUUAAACGUGGAUUAAGGACGAAUGGAACUCCAUCCAAAUCUGAAGACCCCGGCAAUGUACCAUAAAUUGAUGUGGCCCCUGCAAUUGAUGUUGUAGGUGGUUGUGGGGCUGGUCUCGUGGGCCUGAUCUUUGCACUAGGACUUAAAAUUUUAUAAUCUCUGUCGCUAGACUCGUCUGCGUCCUUUCCCGCAUUUCCUCCAAUUUGUGGGUAAAUUCCAUUUGUUGGUUUUGGUGAGAACUUUGGUUUUGGUGGCCUUUCAGGAGCUAUUCUAUGUGGCAUUCCAUUUGAUGGAUUCGGUGAUGCAUUUUGAAGUAAACUGAAUAAAGUAAAAUGAUAAACGUUAUAAUAAAUAAAUAUUCACUUAAAAGUUAGAUUAAAAGUUAAAUAUUCGGUUUAUAAUUAUUAUCCACAUGCAAAUAUGUUUUUAACUAUUUUUUAAAUGGAGUUGAUAUUCACUCUAUAUUAACAUAUGAUUGCGAGCUGGAAUUCCCAUUUGCAAUAUCCACAGUUUUGUAGCAAACACAAACUCCGUUUAUGACACUAAAAAAUUGAUAGUUUAAAUAUGAAAAACAAAUGAAUAUAUAAAUCAGCUUUCUAUUACAACGUUAAAAAUGUUAGUGCUUACCCAGCAGCUACAAAACCGUUUGGAGCCAUUUUAGACGUAUAUACCUUAUGCAUAACCCUACUACAUAUAAUAAUAUCUGUAACUGCUUUCGAACAUAAUUCUUUAUUUCUAAUUUUAUAGCACAACUGUUUCUUUCUCCAUGCCUUUUGGGCUAAAAUCGAUUAUUAAAAUGUACUAGGCAUAAAUGCAAU